AUGACCGGUGCUAGUACUCUUCCUUCUGCUUCAUCGCAUUUUCAACCGUUUGCUGCUGCAGCUGCCGCAGUUGCCGCUUCCUCAUCGUUAAUGUUGAAUUUGCUGCCAUCCAGCGAUUUCUCAUCGACAAGCUUACUGGCUAAUUGUGCUCGACAAGCCCAGCAGCUUAGACAAGCCAAACAUAGCCGGCGAUUCACUUCCAGGCAUGAUGGACCAAAUCGAGAAGGAGCUUUAUUUUGUCGUUCUGGUACAUGGGUCGAAAUUUUGGACAAACGCACCGCUGAAUAUGAGGCUCGACGUGAUGGGCUUACCAAGCCGGAAUAUGUGCGUGGCAAUCGUUUAGAAAAUAGCCGAUUUAGUAUCUUGGAAUUCAUAUCCGUUGCAUUUGGUUUGGUGAGUAUACGGGGUCGAGACUCUCAGCGAUAUUUAUGUAUGGAUCGAGAGGGACGACUGUACGCCGCGUUACAAGAAAAUUAUUCAGCGGAAUGUGUAUUUAUGGAAGAAAUGCUUGAGAAUUAUUAUAAUUUAUAUUCUUCUUGUGCGUACGGUACGCCUAAAAAGCCAUGGUAUAUUGCCCUGCGAAAAACCGGACGACCACGAAAAGGUAGCCAAUUUAACUUCUCAUGGUUUGCGUAA